GAUUCUAAAGCUCUGACUUGAGAUCACAGGAUAAUCGCUGCAGCUAAAGCGAGUGCUGGUCAGAUUAACUGCAGAAAAGAGCAGCUAAAUAUACCUGCGCUAGUGAGCUAGCAGCAAGCUAGCAAGAACUGAAAAGAGUAACUGAGCUUUGUGAUACAUUACUUUGAAAGCACAUACUAUUUUCGACUUUGCCAGUGACAUAUCCGCCAACGUUCGAGAAAACAAUCAAGUGUCUGUAUUUCUCAUUCAAUGAUGGUGUAUUGAAACUAAUUAAUAGCUCGUAAAAAAUAAAAUACAUGUGGCAAAUAGUAAAACACGGAAUAUUCUCUUAUGUUUGUGUCAUCUACUCGUCAUUUACAUCUCUGAAAAAUGCUCAGAACUUUUUGACCAGUGCAUAUCAAAGGUUUGAGGUAUUUGUUUAUUGUCCAGAGCAGAGAUCACCAGAGGCCAAGGUAGUCCACUCUAGGUGUAAAGUCUGUGGGUUUUUUUUCUAAAUAGAAAACAUUUGAUCACGAAUCAAUGUCAUGUUUCAAUGGCUUUGAUGCGUGUAUAUUGACUUUAUCAUGCAUCAGCAAAUGUGUCUGAUAAUUUGGAGCCCUUCAUCUAAAAUAAAGCUAAAGAUCAUUUUGAGAUUUGAGUCGGCUAGUCAUGCCAUUGCGAUUAUCAUGUUGGGAAUAGAACAUGAAUGUGUACAAAUAACAAUGAAAGUGAAUUGUUGUGAACAUAAAUGGUGUUUUGAAACUUGAAUUUUUAAUUGAAUUUUAAUGGCUCAUAAUUCGGUGUGAAAGUUAUGUGUCCCCAGUGAGUUGCAAAGGUCACACAGCCUCAGCCAGUUCUCAUUUUAAAGCAGCUUGUGCUCAGAGAAUGAUGACGUCACUGCUAGCUGACUAAUGUCGACUUGUCAUUGCAGUCAGUAAUAAAAUAAAUAAGUGAAUAAAAGGACAUUUUUUCUGCAAUUACCAGGUCUCUGAUUUGUGUGGGUCCAGCUGCGAUUAGCUGAACCCACGGUUAGCCUGAUGCAAUGGCUGGGCUGAAAAGAAUAGACAUGCUUAAGCAAUUGGGGUAUGGCAUCACCAGGGCUUGAGUUUCUCCGCUGGUUGUGUGAGUGUUGGAGACCACAUUAGUGCAACAGCCCCUCUCCCCUAGAGUUUAUGAAGAAUGUAGCACUUCAUAGUUGCUGCAACAGUGAAUUGGACUGUGUGUUUUAAAGACAGUGUAUUCUUAAAGUUUCCUGCUGAUCCAGUUUACAAAAUAUAAUAUGAUUUGCAAUCACCAUCAACAUAUUCUGGACGCCAAUGAAGAAAAAAAAAUCUUUGUUGAUGAUCCUAAUUGACUACACAGUGGCUCUUCUGAUGAGACCGUCUGGCUGUGAUGAGCGAGAGCUGGAUCAUUGAAUGCUUGUCCAAAAACCGUCUAACUUCAAAACUGGAUGGAUCAGACAUUUGAAGAUUCCACGACCGCACUUUUGAUUCUGCAGCCCCUCACGCUGAGUCAGACCAUAUACUCUUAAUUUAAAUGAUAGAUUUCUAUCUAUUUCUAUCUAUCUAUCUAGGUAACCUCAUAUCUUCUAUAGCUGUACCUGCUGUGUUCCCCAGGAAGCAUGACAGUGGUUUGGGUUACAGCAGGUGCGUCCAAAGCAGUCCUCAUAGGGCCCCACAAAUCUUCACUAAUCAGGUAUCUGAAGACGGCAGUCAGUUGAUUAUCAUUGUGGUGCUCCUUGUUUCCGCUGAUGCCUGAUUGGCUUAACUGUGUGUGCUUGGCUUGAAACUAAACCCUGCACCACCCGUGAUCCUUUCUGGAACAGUGAGGACAAAACAGAUAUGGUUUUAUUAAAGUUAGGUUUAAAUAAAAUACAUACAUUCAUGAGCAAAUAAUUGCAUUCUCUGGACCAAUUUGCCACUGAUGUCACAAUGUGGCCAAGCAGCUGACCCACUUGGUCCAGUGUUCUUUUCAGUGUGAGCUAUCUGCAUGAAAACAUGCCUGUUUGACUGGUCGACUUAGGUAAUUGUACUGUAUUAUUUUGAAAGCUUACAUGGAGUCUGAAUCCCGUCACGACUUUAAUGCAUCAUUGAUGUUGUCUUCCUUUAGUGCUAAUCCACUGAAUCACUGUGACUAAUAUCAGGGUCUUUGUUUUUUUAUGAUCCAAAGGUGCUAAAUUGUAUUUCAAAGACACAGCAGUGCUUUUGUAUCCAAACUAUUAUUAGCAAUGCCUGCAAAGUUUAUGUUUAUUCUUCAAUCCAGGACAAACAACACAGUUUAAAGAGUAGGCUGUGUCUAGAUGCUGGAUUAAAGCCACUGGUGUUACCAGUUUAGCCGAGCAGCUGGACAGAAGCAUAAACGCAGGACACAAAUGCCAUGUCUGAAGAGUGAGUGUGUCGGCCUGUCAUGUGGACCAAAGCAUCUGUGGCGGCCCUCUUGGCAUUAGCUCUGGGAUACUUGUACAACAGUCCCCAGCUGCAGGUGCAGAUCAUUCAGUAUGUACCAUUGCCACAUUUUCCUUCACAAUCUCAGAGCGCAGAAAGCCUAGAACAGGUCAUCUCAGCUGCCUGGGGGACGCUUAUCACCCUACCGACGCAACAGUGGAGCCGAGUGGCAGUCGGUGUAAAUGCCUGUUUGGACGUGGUUGUCUCUGGAGUGGGACUCUUACAAGCUCUGGCCAUGGACCCCGGUAAUGGACUGGACCAUGCAGUGUUGCACACAAAACAGGAUUUGAAGGAAGCCUUCAUCCACUACAUGCAACGUGGAGCAGCAGCUGAGCGUUUCUUCAGUGACAGCGAGGUCUUUCAGAAGAUUGCACGGGCUGCAAUUGAGUACCCCGGGGCCAAGCUCUAUGUGGGAGGAAAUGCCGCCCUUAUUGGCCAGAAGCUUGCCACUUACCCCGAUCUUGUGGUCCUCCUGUGUGGUCCUGUGGGCCCUAAACUUCAUGAGUUGCUGGAUGAACAAAUCGUUGUCCCUCCUCAUUCCCUGAAUGAGAUUGAUCAGUACCAUCUGAUCCUGGAAUACAAAGCAGGUGAAGAAUGGGGUUCAACUCUGGCGCCUCAAGCCAACCGCUUCAUAUUCUCUCACGAUGUGUCUAACGCCAAGAUGAGCUUGCUUGAGACCUUCGUGGCCAGUUUGGAUGACUUCCAACCAGAUCUGGUCGUCCUUUCUGGACUGCACAUGAUGGAGGGACAAGGUCGAGAGCUGUGGGAGGCGCGACUAAAGGAGGCUGUUGCCUCGAUAUCAGAUAUCCGUAAAGAUGUUCCAAUCCACCUGGAGUUGGCCAGCAUGACGGACAAGGACUUCAUGAACAGCAUCAUGCAAGAGCAGGUCAUGCCUAGAGUCAGAUCCGUCGGUCUGAACGAGCAGGAGCUUCUCUUCCUCUCUCAGGCAAGCAACGGGCCACAUAGUGACCUUACUUCGUGGAGAGGUAUCCCAGAUGUGGGCCAGGUCAGUGACAUCCUUCUCUGGAUUUUGGAAACGUAUGGCCGCAGUGACCCAUCCUCUGAGGCUGACCUCACUCGCAUCCACUUCCACACCCUGGCGUACCAUGUCCUUGCCACGGUGGACAACUACUGGGAGAACCAAGCAGCGGCUGUGAUGGCUGGAGCUCGAGUGGCCAGCAGUCAAGCGUGUGGCCUGAAGGAUGUCGAUGUUAGCAAAGUGGAGCUGAAAGCCCCACUCCAGUUUCAGAGCUCAUACACAGAACCGCACCAGAAGCUGUCAAUCAACCCGAAAGAGCCAGUGACAGUGUGGCAACGCAGAAAUGUCACCUUCCAUCUGACUCCUGUGCUCGUCUGCAAACAACCUCUGCGGACAGUUGGUCUCGGAGAUGCCAUUUCAGCAGAGGGACUGGUUUACUCCCAUUUACUGAGUCAUCAGCCAUUCUGACAUCUGAACUGUGCUUGUACGUUUCUGAACCAGGAUGUGUGUAUGCAUCGUCCUCCGUUAGUUUCACUCCACUGAUAUCAAAGAAAUACCGCAGUGUCCUGAAUCCUGCCUGACACUUAAAGCCCCCCCACCUCUUGGUAUAAGGAAGCAACAACAGGACCAGUAUGGCCUGGGGACUCACCUGAGACUCACCUAUGCAUUGGGCAGAGCUCUAAGCCAUUGUUCCAAAGAGUUUGUCUGACUUGUUUAUGUCCAGCCUACUGUGCCUUUAAAGAAUUUGUAUUUUAUUCCCAUGUGAGACAAACUACUUCUUAUCAUGAGUGCCCUCUCUUGAGCAACGCACACUGCCCACAUGUUACACUCGUUUGUUCUGUUUUGUUCUCACUAAAAAGAAUAAGUGGGGGAAAACAAUCAACAAUAUUCUUUUCUUGGAAAGUAAGUCUUAAUUGUCUUCCUAGUAAUUGUGGUACAAACAUACAAGCCCAUUCAUUGCAAAGAUAAUUUCCCGGCAUACAUGGGGGCAUGCAAACUUGAAUUGAGUUUUCCUUAUGCAACUCAACUUCACUCUAGUAAUGGAUCGUCAUCAUUAAAAUACUGUCUAAAGAAAGAUGCUCACAAUAAAUGUAGCUUCUUUUAAUUGUUGUUAGUUCUUAGUUAUGGCCCUGUUAUUCUUUGUGAAGCAGAGAGAUUGAUGAAUACUUGGAUAUGGUUUAAGUUUUAAAAGUCCUUUAUGCAACAUAGCCAAGUUAAAAUCAGAAUGGAACGUGAAAAAUGAUAGGUCAAUUUGUCACAUUCUCAAGUGUUGAGCCGUCAAACUACAAUGUUGAUGACAUAAAUCCUUGAUUCACUCCAACAUACAGGGUUAUAGAUGUAGUAUAGAUGGACAGCUUAUGACCCGACAAGUUUACAUCCCAUUCCUUGUGCACACCUUCUUGAAGAACAAUAUUGAUGAAUAUAGUGUGUAAAUUGAUGCUCAACAUUUUCUUGGGUACUGUAUUUGUGGGUUUUCCGUGAUUUUUUUUUUUUUUUUGCAUCUGUUUCGUGGCAUUCAUGUUUAUUUAUAAACAUUAAUAGUGUCCUGUCAUUUUCCUCAUCCUGCUCAAACAUUCAGGUUGCAAACAUGUAAAAUAGUUUGUUUACCUCAUCAGUGCCUGUAACGGCAUGCAAUAAUUGUGUGAAUGCAAACACUUAGAGAGACAGGAUUUUGUCUUUAUUGUGUUUGUAAAAACGGCUGGACAACCUCAGUGGAAUGUAAUAACAACACCCCUCUUAUUUCAUUUGGUUGGAAUGACAAAUGUAUCACUCUUUGGACUUAGCCCUCCUCCCCCGCCACUGCCCUAUUCAGCUAAGAAAUGCAGGGUAAUAAAUUAAUGUCUCCACAUG